GAGUCGUGGAUGGGGCGCUUGGGUUGCCGCGACCGAGGCGGGGCAGGGCAGUAGACGGGGGUGCGGCCAGCUGUGCGGGAAGAGGAGGAGGCCCUCGCGCUGCCGCUCUUCGGGCACCGGCCGACGUUCACUCGGGGCUCGCGGGGCUCCUCCGCGGCCUUGGGGGCGCUGGCCCCUCCCACGGUCGCCGCCGCUGCGGGUAGAUGGGUUUGCAUGACAUUUUCUAUGCACUAAGGCAGUUCCAUGUCUUGUUUGGACUGUUCCUGCCUUCUACGGACAGAAGUUGAAUCCAUUGGAGCAGAAAAGCAAUCUGAAGGCAGCAGGAGUCAGGAUUUGACAGAUGAACCUGCUGUUUGUUGGGGCCAGUCGACCCAGAGAGGAGACGAACAAGUGCAUUGGUCCUCUGAUGUAUCCCACUAUGACCUCCAGGUGGAAAUAGGAAAGGGAAGCAACAAUUUAACUUCGAUCUACCUCGCACGUCAUAUCCCUACAGGAACACUGGUGGCUGUAAAGAUUACAGAUCUGGAAAAAUGUUCUGAAGAACGCUUGAAAGCUUUACAAAAUGAGGUGGUAUUAUCACACUCCUUUCGACACCCCAAUAUCUUGACACUUUGGGCAGUGUUUACAGUUGGAAGCUGGCUUUGGAUUAUUUCUCCCUUCAUGGCUUAUAGUUCAGCCAGUCAUCUUUUGAGGACUUACUUCCCUGAAGGCAUGAGUGAAGCAUUGAUCAGAAAUAUCCUGUUUGGAGCAAUUAGUGGGCUAAACUAUAUGCACCAACAUGGCUUCAUCCACAGAAGUGUUAAAGCUAGCCACAUACUGAUUUCAGAGGAUGGUCUAGUUUAUCUCUCUGGCUUAAACCACCUUUACAAUUUAGUCAGCAGUGGGCAUCUGUUAAAAGCUGUGUAUGACUUCCCUGAGUUCAGUACAUCAAUGCUUCCUUGGCUGAGUCCCGAACUGCUAAGGCAGGAUAUGUAUGGCUAUAAUGUGAAAUCUGACAUUUAUAGUGUGGGCAUUACAGCUUGUGAACUAGCAAAUGGACACGUACCUUUUCAGGAUAUGCCUCGUACACAGAUGCUGCUGCAGAAGCUUAAAGGCCCAUCUUAUUAUCCCUGGGCUAUAAAUACAUUUCCACAUGGUGAAUCCAGGAUAAAAAAUUCUCGAUCAGGGAUUGACUCUGGAAUUGGUGAAAGCAUGACACGCACAAUGACAAGUGAGAGACUGGCGACUCCACCAAAGACCUUCUCCCCUGCUUUCCAUAACUUGAUAGAACUCUGUUUGCAUCAGGAUCCAGAAAAAAGGCCAUCAGCGAGAGGUCUACUGUCACAUGCUUUUUUCAAACAGGUAAAAGAACAAACAAAGGGCUCAUUACUUUCACUGUUGCCUCCUGCCAUCCAACAUAUUCGAUCACAAAUGUCAGCAGUACCUUCAGCAGACAUGUGGAGAAAGUCUGGAUGUAUUUUACCAAAUGCAAGAGAGAUGUAUUGGGAAUUCUAGAGAUGCUAAGCCUUACCUCUAACAUAUGUCUGAAAGAAAUGUGAUUUAUUUGCUGCUUUGUUUUGUUAAAAUACAAAUAUUUGUGAUAUACUUGAACACGUUAAAUGUGUGUACAGAUGAUGCUGUAUGGGGAGGAGGCUUCUUCCCAAGUGAUACUUACUGGUGAAUGCAGUAAACCUGCCUUCUUGAAUUGCCAAACAUCUUCUCUCCACUUCUGCAAACUAAGUAUAACAGGGCCUAUUUUAUGAUAAAACACUUGCAUGGAAUGACAUAUGGUUACCUGUAUGUUAUUACAGCCUUUGCAGUGUUAAACUGAAAUUCUUUCUGUUUUGGUAUAUCUGUUAACAUAUUUAUCGCAUAUAUACACUAGUGUCUUUUCCUGCAUACAAAAAGUGACACGGUACAGACUUGUCACUUAAGUCCUGAGGGUUCUUCCACCAUGCGUCCUUCACCUACCACUAUAGCCUGGAAGAGAGAGCUAUGAUCCUUCACUGCAUGAAUCCAUUGCCAUUGCUUACCAGUCCACAGUUCUAAUAGUAUUUGAAAUGUUGCUACUCAGAGCUCACAUCUACCUAGCCUUUAAAUAGGCUUUGAGGAUUAGAUGGAUUGCAGAGAAAAUAAUCUACAUAACUGAGGCAAAGAAUAAGAUCUGUUGGGCCUCAAAGACUGAAACAUGAAUGGCAAUAAUACAUGACUAUUAGAAGUAUACUGCUGCAAACACUGUUCUAGAAAGCAAUAGAUUCUAAAGGUAAAUGACCUUAAGUUUUGUAUUGUGAACUUCUUGAGGUGCCUUUCCUUGUGAAGAAAGGGUAAGUCCACAUGACAAAAAUAAUGAAAACAAAGGGUCAGAUUGAUGGGAAACAAGCUUUCAAUUCUUGUUACCUUAGUACUGUGAAUGAUUGAAUAAGCAUGACCUUAACCAAACUUAUUCUCUGUACAGCAUAUAAUUUGGGGGGAGAGGGUUUUAAUACUGAAAUAUUUAGAAUUAUAUUUUAUUAAUGUACAUUCAAUUUGAUCAUGUAAAAUAGAUGUUAGCUUAUUUUUUUUUAAGUAUGUAGCUUCACAAAGCUGUAUCAGAUGUGAUACAAGUAGAUGUUCUUUUGACUAGGAAACUACUGAAAUAAAACUAUGUAUUAGUCAUCUUUUGCCAACCUAAAUCUGAUCAAUAUAACUGGAAUAAAAUGUGCUUCUUGUUUAAAAGAAAA